AUGAUACUAAUUAAUGAAAGCCGCCCUGAAGAAUUCAUUCUACUAGGCUUUGCUAACCAUCCUUGGCUACAGCUUCCUUUAUUUGUUAUUCUUCUGAUAACAUACCCCAUGGCUAUGAUGGGAAACAUCAUCAUCAUUCUGGUGUCCAAGUUAGACCCCCGUCUCCACAGCCCUAUGUAUUUCUUCCUCACCAACCUCUCCUUUUUAGACAUGUGUUACACAACAAGCUUCGUCCCUCAGAUGCUGAUUAAUUUGGGAAGCUCUAAGAAAACAAUCAGUUAUAUUGGGUGUAUAGUUCAACUUUAUUUCUUCAGCAUAAUGGGAGGCACAGAAUGUCUGCUCUUGGCCAUUAUGUCUUUUGAUCGCUAUGUAGCCAUUUGCAGACCUCUUCACUACACCCUCAUCAUGAAUCGAUGCAUCUGCAUACUCUUAGUAACCACUGUGUGGCUGGGUGGAAUGGUCUAUGCUUUCUUAGAAGCCACUCUUACGUUACAGUUGCCACUGUGUGGCGUCAAUAAACUGGAUCACUUGUUGUGUGAGAUUCCAGUUCUGAUAAAGACCGCCUGUGGUGAAAAGGAGGCCAAUGAGCUCAUACUCUCUGUGGUGUGCAUUUUUAUGUUAGCUGUUCCUCUGUGUUUAAUUCUUGCCUCCUAUGCUAGCAUUGGACAUACUGUAUUUAAGAUCAAAUCUUCUGAAGGAAGGAAAAAGGCCUUUGGCACAUGUUCCUCUCAUCUUAUUGUGGUUUUCCUAUUUUAUGGCCCAGCCAUUAGCAUGUACCUUCAGCCCCCCUCUUCCAUCUCAAGAGACCAGCCUAAGUUCAUGGCUCUUUUCUAUGGAAUGGUGACUCCUACUCUCAACCCCUUCAUCUACACCCUGAGGAAUAAGGAUGUGAAGGGGGCAUUGGGCAAACUGGUGAGCAGCAUUUUUAGUUCUAACGAUCUAAUAAGGGGUGACAGUCAUGAGGGCUCUUCCUUCAUGAAUAGGAUCAAGGCCCUUACAAAAAAGGAUGAUACUAAAUUAGGCCCUAUUGCCCUUGUGCUUUCCCUCACGUGUGGAUGCAGUUCUACUCUCUUCCAAUGGUCUUUUCUUCAGACAAUCUCUAUUUUUUUCACUCUUCAUUUAAUUUUUUACUUCUAUCUUCUCUCCUCCUCCCACAUAAUCAUCUCAUCCUACAUCACUCCUGUAUCUCCCUGUCCACCAUUCAAAAUGGUAAAACCUUUUACAAACUUACUGUUUUUAUUGUAG